GUACUGCUGGAACGGGAUGAAGACAUUGGAUCAUUAAUUGGUACCCUAACCGGUCAUUUCAAAAAUGUCCCUGUAGAAAGUUUAUCACCUUAUACAGAGUUCCUCUCUGCCACAGACACUCUAGUUAUACUGUCUAGAGCUUGCUAUUUUCGCGAUUCGGAUGGCAAUCUUCAAUGGCCAGAAAUAUUCGCGAAGAUUGCUGACAACCGUAUACCUAAAAGUAAUGCUGAAUAUGCCAUAAAGUCACUCGGAGCCUGCGUAUGGUACUUACAAAAAUCAAAAAUUGACAUCAAUGUAUUUACCUGCGCAACGUUCUCAUGGUAUGAGCCAGUGGACACGGUUGAAGACAAAAAUGGAGGACAUGAAUUCAUGAUAUUAGAUUUCAGUACGAUAACUAGUUUGAAGCUCAUUGGAGAUAACGAAACGUGUACUGAUUUUAAAAAACACUGA